AUGGCCGCAGCUUCAGCGCUAUCGUCAGGCGCCCUUGACGUGAUCUUCAAUGACCCCGAGAAAGCCGCCAAGCUCUUCCCCGUACCUGUCCUGCAAUGUCUUCAGGUUAAGCAGAUGGCCCCGUCGGCCCAAGGAGGAGAUCGUUAUCGACUUGUUAUGAGCGAUGGUCAGCAUUACGUCCAAACCAUGCUUGCCACCCAAGCCAACCACGUUGUCCACGAUAACAAGCUGGUUCGCGGCUGCACUGCCCGAAUCAAGCAAUAUACACCCAACAAUUUGAAGGGCAAGAACAUUCUCGUUAUUCUCGACAUCGAAGUCAUCGAGUCUCUUGGUAUCCAAGAAAAGAUCGGCGAGCCGUCCGCCAUCGAUACGAAGCCAGCCGGUCAGGAGGGAGCCAUUGCUGGGGGCGAUUUCUAUGGUGUCAAGAAGGAAGAAUCAAAGACGCAGCCUCAACAAUUUCAGCAGCAGCAACAAGAACAGUCGAUGCCCUCACGACCUGCCAUGCACGCUGGCAGCAACAUUUACCCCAUCGAGGGUCUGUCGCCUUUUGCACACAAAUGGACCAUCAAGGCCCGAGUUACCUCCAAAUCCGAUAUUAAGACAUGGCACAAGGCUACUGGAGAGGGGAAGCUCUUCAGUGUCAAUCUGCUCGAUGAGAGCGGUGAGAUCAAGGCUACUGGUUUUAACGACCAGUGUGAUGCUUUCUACGACCGUCUACAGGAGGGUUCUGUCUACUAUAUCUCUACCCCCUGCCGAGUAGCAUUGGCCAAGAAGCAAUUCUCCAACCUUACCAACGACUACGAACUCACCUUCGAACGCGACACUGUUAUUGAGAAGGCAGAAGAUCAAACCAAUGUUCCUCAGGUGAGGUUUAACUUCUGUUCCAUCCAGGAACUUCAGAGUGUGGAGAAGGACAACACCGUUGAUGUCAUCGGUGUCUUGAAGGAGGUCGGUGAGAUUGGCGAUAUCACAUCCAAGAAGGAUGGCCGGCCGUUCCAAAAGAGAGAGUUGACCCUUGUGGAUGACACUGGCUUCUCAGUCCGUGUCACUAUCUGGGGCAAGUCGGCCAACUCUUUUGAUGCGCCUGCCGAGUCCGUCGUUGCCUUCAAGGGCACCAAGGUGUCGGAUUUUGGUGGCAAGAGCCUCAGUCUGUUGUCUUCUGGCACAAUGACCGUUGAUCCCGACAUCCCUGAUGCUCACAGACUCAAGGGCUGGUACGACUCUGCUGGGCGAAACGAUACAUUCGCCACACAUCAGAAUAUGACAUCCAUGGGCAAUGCCACUGGACGAAAGGAAGAUCUCAAGACCAUUUCUCAGGUCAAGGACGAGAACCUUGGCAUGGAUGACCAGGCAUACUAUACUAUCAAGGCAACCAUUGUCUUUGUCAAGCAGGAGAAUUUCUGUUAUCCCGCUUGUUUGUCCCAGGGCUGCAACAAGAAGGUCACCCAGAACACUGAUGGCACGUGGACCUGUGAGAAGUGUGCUAUAUCACAUGAGAAGCCAGAAUACCGAUACAUUCUCUCACUCAACGUUGCAGAUCACACCAGCCAUCAAUGGCUCAGCUGUUUCGAUGAUUCUGGCCGACAGAUUGUUGGCCGAACAGCCGAUGAAAUGAUGGAGCUCAAGGAAAGCGACGAUAACAAGUUCAUGGCAGCAUUCGAGGAGGCCAACUGCAAGAAGUUCACUUUCAGGUGCAGAGCGAAGAUGGAUAACUUUGGCGAAGCUCAAAGAAUACGAUAUCAAGUGAUGACCGUUACGCCUUUGGACUUCAAGUCUGAGGGCACCAAGCUUGACGAACUGAUCAAGCAGUAUGAGAACAGCUCGCUAUAA